UGAGGAAAAUCAAAACAAACCCUCGUAACGAAGGAAAAUCGAGUGAAAAUCCAAAGAAAAAGGGAAAUUUAUGAAGAAAAUGUCAAGAGACGAGUAAAUUAAAGCUCAGUUGAACUGAAAAUCGCAAAAAUGUAUGAAAGCCGACUCGUUUUUAUCAUUUCCUCCGCACUCAUUGGAAUCGGGCUUGCUUGUAUUCACGUUUUUCAUGCGAGCAAUGUCUUUGAAUUUCAAACGGGAUUUAGUGAAUUGUCGAAAAUCGAGCGAUUUCUCAUCUUCUCCAAAGACCAAUACUUUUAUUUUUACAAGACAAUUGUCGAAAGUAAGGAAUUCGAUACGGGAUUGAAUCUCGUGUUGUUCGACAACAUGACGGAAUAUCCGAGGACGAUCAACAGUGCUCACAGAUUCUUCGUUGUUCCCGAAAUUUUUACGAGUUUGAUGUAUUUGACGUUCAUGAACGUGACGGAGCUUUAUGAUGUCUCGUCGCUUUGGUGUUGGGACGAUACAGAAAGUGUCGAAUGUAAUGGUCUCGGAGACCCGAUGUACUUUUAUCUCUCGAUAAUUUGGAUUUUGUCGGGAUUGUUGGUUUUUACGAUGUACAUGUACGGUACUUUUUUGAGCAAACACAUCUUUGGAGGCUUUGCUUGUGUAAUUUACUACUUUACACUGCACGAGCAUGCGACAAAUAUUCACAAUCAUCCAAGUUCGCGUGAAAAUUUCGCCGUACCAUUUUUGUUAAUCCAAUUUUUCAUCUUAAGCAAAGAGAUUGCCAAACGACGGGCAUUACCUGAAGAGCCUGUACAUCGAAAUUUGACGAUAAUAUCGGAUAUGGCACUCAUAACGACAGUUUCGAUCAUUUUUUGGCCCGUUUCUUCCGUGAUUUUUAGCACACAGAUCAUCGUCAUGUACUUUUUGUAUGAAACAGGCGUCUUACAAAAGGGUCUCAUCCACGAUUAUACAUUUUCACAAAUAUCAGCGAACGUUUUUGCAUAUGCCCUUACCAAUAAAUCCUCAUAUUUCCUUACUUCGAUCCAUUUUACGAUGGCAAUCAGCUUGGAAUUGCACAUUUUGAAGUCAAGUAUGUACACGCCAUCGCCAGAUCCGAGCAGAAUUUCACGCAUUCGAAGAUUUAUACGAAAUUUGGCGUUACUCGUCUUUUUCGCAUACAUCACAUUUGACAUCAUGAACAAAAUUUUCAGCGAUUAUCAGGAUGACAACAUCACACUGUCGUACAUUCGUCUUGCGGCAAUUCGUUUCAACAUGUUUCCCGCUUCCAUUUCGUCAUUUCUCUUGGAAAACUCAAUUUUACAUGGAAAUGUUCGUUUUGAGACUUUGAAAGCGAUGUUUAAUGUUUUCUGUGUCAAAAAUAUUUGUCUCUUUAUCAUCGUCUUCCUCGGAAAAUUUUUGCAGAAUCGACGUGAGAAAUCGUAUCAAGAGGAAACGGGCGAUAUUAAGGAACGUGUCAAAAAUUACGUUAUUGAAGACUAUAUGGAGGAAAAUCGGAUCAAAAUGAACGACUUGUCGAACCCAAAUACGGAGAAAGCGAUCCAAAAUUGUCUGGAUUUGCUGAAAAAUUGCAAUUACGAUUAUUUGACGUACAAACAACGAAAGGCAAACAACUUGAAAGCUGAAAAGGAAAAGACUUCGUUCCUCAGUGACAUCAAAAAACUCAAAGAUCAGAUAAAUGAGAAGGAAAAAAGUCGUCAACAAGACAACAAAACGAGCACAAAUGCUUCGAACAACGUCGAAAAGCAAGAUAGCGAAUCAUCGAAGGAGUCAAAAACGAAUCCCGAAACUCAAAAUUCAUCAGAUUCCAAUUAUUCAGAGUUUUUUUCGUUGCCAGAUCCCGUUUUCAUCUACAACAUUAGUCAAUUGGCAGCUUUGGGAUUGCUGCAAAUUAUGGUAGAAAAGCUCAAAUACAUUUUCAUUCCGUUUGCGUGCGUCGUUGCUGUUGUGUCUCCCUCGAAAAAAUGGUUCCUGAAGAAUACACAUGUAUUUUUCAUGAUUUAUGUCGUCAUGAUGAUAUGUACUUUAAUUAAUCCAGGCUUUAAGAACAUCAAAGAUCAAUACAAGUUCAAAGAGUCCCAAAAUUUGGAAGUUUUGAAGCUUCUUAAAUGGAUUGACACAACAACAGCUCACGAUGCGAAAUUUGGCGGGCCUGUAGAUGUCAUUUCAGCUGUUCAAUUGAUCACAAAGCGUCCCAUUAUCAAUCAUCAACACAUUGAGUUACCCGAAAUUAGAAAACGCACAAAAUCGAUUUAUGCAAUGUACAGUCGUCGUCCCUCCGUGCAAGUUCACAACGAUUUGUCGACGAUGCGUGUCGAUUAUGUGAUUGUAUCGCACGAACUGUGUUUCAACAAGACACAAAAAGGCAAUUAUCUAGUCGAUUUUUGGGAUAAAUUGGAGCCCGAUUUGAAGCACGAACCGCAAUUGUGUCGCGAAUUGUUCGCAAAUGCGUUCACGAGUUUCCUCAAAGUGUACGAAAACAAGAAAUUUAUCGUUGUGCGAGUUUUCUCGGAGAAUUUGAGUGACUUUAGUGAUAUCAAAUUGCUACCUUCGAAAUACCGAACAACGCAACUGUAUUAGUUUUUAUUACGGAAAAAAAAUUGUAAGAAAGGAAUUCUUUCUUAUGUACUUUACAUUUAAUACAAUGAAUAAUUAAGUCAUGAAUGUUGUGAUCUCUAGACUUGUGAGCAUUCCAUUUUGCUCAACGUUUUGUAGUUAGAAAUAUUUUUUAUUUGAAAUAAACCAAAUUUUUUUAAUUGUUUCAA